AUGGCGGAGCGUGGCGCCGCCAUUUUGGGUGUGGCGGGAUCCGGAUCCCGGAAAAAGAAAGUGACUAAAAGCCGGGAAGACCGCCCACCGCGCUCGGCGGCAGCCAAUGAGGGCGCGAGGAUAGAACGCGGGCGGUUUCCAAAGCAACCCUGGAGGAAGGCGGGGGAGGCGGUUGCCUGGCAACCGGGAGAUGCUGAGCGGCCAGGCCCCCCAGGGGCCCUUGGCCCCGAUCCCAUCAUGAUGUCCCCGCUGUGCUGGGCUUCUGGCACCGUCCAGGCUACUUCAGAAGUUAUUCCGACCAUUCCCAAGGGCAAAGGCAGUAGUAAGACCCAGGCUGGAGGCAAGGGGAAAGGCAAAGGGCAGGUUUGGGCCACACCACACCUCAAGGCCAAGCACCAGCAAGCCAGUUACCCCAAAGGUGUCGUGCAGAAGCAAGUGGCCGAAUUACAAAGGAAGAUACAGCUGCUCGAAGGCGACCGGAAAGCCUUUUCCGAGAGCUCCCAAUGGAGCAUGAAGAAGAAUCUGGACAUUAUCAUCCAACUCCGUGAAGAGACCAGGAUGCUCCAGCUGCAGCUCGCCGACCUCCUGCAGGGAGAAGAGAAGGUGGUGAAGGCAGUGAUGCAGGAAUGGAGGUCAGAGGCUCCGUAUCUGAAGAACAGGAACAUCCAGCAGGCCCUGGAGCACCUGGACCACCGGCUGAGCGAGAAGAUGAAGCAGCUGAACGCGCUGCGGCACCAGGUGUGCAUGAAGCAGAAGCGCCUGGAGGAGCUGCAGCUGCAGCACCAGAAGUGCGAGCUGGACAUGGCGGAGAAGCAGGACAACAACUCGGAUUUGGCCAAGACCAUGCGGAACCUGGAGAACCGCCUGGAGAAGGCGCGGAUGAAGGCAGAGGAGGCGGAACACAUCACUAGUGUUUACCUGCAACUCAAGGCCUAUCUCCAGGAGGAAAGCUUGAACUUAGAGAACCGGCUGGACUCCAUGGAGGCCGAAGUGCUGCGCACAAAGCAUGAGCUGGAAGAACUGCACGUGGUGAACCAAGAGGCCAUCAAUGCCCGGGACAUCGCCAAGAACCAGCUGCAGUUUCUGGAGGAGACUGUCUACAGAGAGCGCAAGAAGCGCGAGCGCUAUGUCACUGAGUUCAAGAAGAGAGCGGAGGAUAGAAAAAUGCAGAACGAACGCAUGGAGCGCAAGACACAACGCGAGAACAUGUUGCUGCAGUCGGAAGACACGAUCCUGGACCAGCUGCAGGCCAAGGAGGUGGAACUGAAGCAGCGCUGGAGCAUGUACCAGAUGGAGAUGCUCUUCAGCAAGGUCAAGGACGCCACAGGUGUAGCCGAGACACACGCAGUGGUUCGGCGCUUCCUGGCUCAGGGCGACACCUUCACGCAGUUGGAGACGCUCAAGAGAGAGAACGAGCUGAUCCUGCAGAAGCUGAAAGAGGAGAAAAGGCGCCUGAAGCAGGAGCUGGAAAACCUCAAGUACUCGGGGGAGACCACGCUGGUAAGCGAGCAAAAGCUGAAGGCCGAGUUGCAGGCGCGCAUCAAGGUGCAGGAGGAGCGGCGCUCCGAGGUGCAGAAAAAGCUGGAGCGGGCCCUGCAGAUGCAGCACACGGCCAGGGACGGCCUGGAGCAUCUGGCCCGCAAGCUGAGCCACAUCACUGUGGAGGACAGCGUCUUCUCGAAAAAGGAGCUUGAACCCAAAGCCCCCGACUAUUUGCUCAACCUGCUGGGCCUGGUGGAGGAAAAGCUGCUGAAGUUGCAGGCGCAGCUCGAAAGUUCGGACUUGAAGGAGACGCUGAAGCGCAUCAUGGAGCGCGAGUUCUUCACCAACCUGGAGGGGAAACUACCUUCAUACAACACCCGCAUCCCCAUGCCCCGCGCCACUACGGCCAAGGACAAGUUCUUCGACGAAGAGGAGAGUGAGGACGAAGACAACGACGUGGUGAGCCGCGCGGUGCUCAAGAUCCGCUCCCAGAAACUCAUCGAAUCCCGCAGCAAGAAGCGCGGCCGCCCCAGGAGAAACUGAACCCCAGUUUUGCGCGCUCGCGCUCCCCACUCCCAACCCACGGGCAGGCACCUCCGGACCCCUGCGGAGUUCCCCACCUCCCCCCCAGCCCUCGGCACCCAGCGGCGGGCCCAGGGGCCUCUUCAAGGCUGCCAGACCAAGCAAGGUCUGACCGGGCCCGAGCUAUCCAGAGCGCGCGCACCCGCGCGCACGGGGGGUGACGCCCCCGAGCAGGGAAGUGGAGACCCGGGCGCGCCACGUUCCACGUUCCACGUUCGUUCUCACAGUAAAUCAACCCAGGCGGUCAGCGCCGGCCACUGGAUCGCGCAAUAAAGGUCACCCGACCGGCCCCCUGGGUACUGGCCUCUCCUUGACCCGGCUUUCGGCCCAGUUGUCCCAGACAGAGCCCCCACUGCACCCCUGUCCUGGGAAGCGACCCUCAUCUGCUCAUAACUGUGCAAACUAAACCCUAACUCCCCCAAAACUGAUCUCUCCACCUGAGUAGUGAGUGGGGUGCGGCACCUGUGCACACUCCACAUCUGGGGACCGCAUCUGGGCACAGAAGUGACAUUUCAGCCACAGUGCAGGAGACCGCCUCUGGGGCGUGGCCUGGAUCUGGGGGAGCAGUGGGGGGCAUCGCUGAGCUCCUGGACCGGCCGCUCCCGCCCUGCCCUGCCCAGUCCCGCCCCGUUCCGCCCCACCGCUGCCCGCCCGCUCGUCCUUCCGCCUCGCUCGGCCG